ACAAUAAAUAAUUUUAUUGUACUUAUAUUUUUUAAGAUUUGGACCUAUAAUCCUUUUUAUAUUUAUUUUCUAUCAAAUAAAUAUUCUUUUCAUACCAUGUUCGUUUUUAUACUCAAUAAGGUCUCGAAAAUAUUAGGAUUGGCAUGACCCAUUUACAUACCGUGUCGUGCCUGUGCUAGUGUCCAUGCCCAUGAAGUUUAGGCCCGACACGGUCCAUAAAUUUUUCGUACUCGUGCCGGGCCAGCUCAUAUAUUUCGUAUCCGUGCUCGUGCCCUGCGCUAACCGUGUCGUGUCGUGCUAGCCUAUGAGCGGCCCGGCCCGGCCGCACAUGUACAGUGUAACUAUGAUAAUGAACCAGUUAGUGAAUCACAUAUAACUGUUUCAUCCUUGUUAUAUAGUCUUUGAUUAAACCGCGUAAUUUUUUAUGCUUGAUUUCUUAUUUGAACAAUAUAUUUUCGAUUUUGCAAUAUUCUUUUCUCUUAUUGUAUUGUCUUUCCACAACGUUGUGGCAUAUGAAAUCACCUGUAAAUUAGAUGACUGAAAAUUAUACCUCAAAAUCUUACUCUUUUCUGUAUAAUUAGAAUGUAUUACAUUCAAACGAAUUAUGAUGUAUUUUUAUUGAGUUUCGAUCAUUUAUCAACCAUAUCGCCAGUCUGACACCCUUUUCUAAAGAGAAAGGUGGCUAAUUUUAAUUUAGUUCCAGAGUCUUAAUUUCAUCACUAAUAAAAAGAAAUUAUCAUAUUCCCAUUUCCCACAGACGCUGUAAAGCUAUAAACAUUACGUACUCUUCCGUUCUCCCACAAUGAAAAACUGCGAAAAGAACAGAGUCCAUAAACCAAAAAACCCCAGAAAAGAGCCAAAACCAAAAAGGCAAUGGAGCAGCAGCAAACCCAGCAACUUGAAAUAAUAUCUGCAGGAAACUCAUUCACCAUUUUGCCUCCAUCAGCCCAAAUCGAGUUCCUUCCACCCAGAGGUGGAUAAAUAAGUUUACACCAAGAACCCAACAAAGAAGAGAACUUCCCUCUGUUUCCUCAUCUCCAGGUCUGUAAAAUUGAUUCUCCUCUUCCUCUGCUUUCCCCUGCCACGAAUUAAAAACCUGCCUUUGUAUCGUCUAAUGAAUCGGCUACAUGGGUUCAUUCCUUUUUUUUUUUUCUUUUGGCAAAUGAUCCGAUCCCCCGUCGUCACUUUCAGAAAUUGGCGACGUGGGUCGCUUAGCUGUCUAGUUUUUUGGAACUGGAAACCGGAGAAAUAUGCUCUGUUUCAAAAACUUCCAGCAACAGAGGAGAAGGAAAACAGAGGACAAAAAACAGAGUCCCUUUCUUCUUUUGAUCGAUUUACCUUUUGUGUCUAUAAAGCUAAUGCCUUUCCUUUUCUCUGUUGGGAAAUUCAUCACAGGAGAGUAAUCAAAGAAGAAGAAGAAGAAGAAGAAGAAAAGAUGGUUCUGUUCCCAUCUUUCUUCAACGGCUUGGUGAGAACGAUGUCCUCAUCGUCCUCGUCGUUGAAGAAAACGAAGAGCUUGGAGAGAGAUGCCGCCGCCGCCGCCGGCGGAAAAGAAGCUGCGGAGGAGCUGACUAAGGAUGCUAAACGCAAUGAGCUGAUUCUGAGCUCCUCUGGGAUUGUGAAGUCAACCAAGUCCAACAAUUUUGCUUCCGUCUGCUCUAGGAGAGGCCAGAAGGGCGUCAAUCAGGAUUGCCUCGUCGUCUGGGAGGAAUUCGGGUGCCAGGAAGACAUGACGUUCUGCGGGGUGUUUGAUGGUCACGGGCCAUGGGGCCAUGUGGUGGCCAAAAAGGUUCGAGAAUCAGUCCCGCCAUCUCUGCUCUGCAACUGGCAGAAGACUCUGCAAUCCUCUCUCGACGUGGAGAUGGAAUUGGGGGGGCUACUGAAUCAAAAUGAGGACGACAUGAUUCUCCGCCACAGCAACCAGCAGCACCGGUUCGAGAUCUGGAAGGAGUCGUAUCUCGAGACUUACGCCGCCAUUGAUCAGCAGCUGAAACAGAGUCAUCCCAAGAUCGACACUUUCUUCAGCGGCACCACUGCUCUCACCAUUGUCAAACAGAGGAACCAUCUGGUGAUAGCCAACGUCGGCGAUUCGAGAGCUGUGUUGGCCACAAUUUCGGAUAACGGCGCUCUGUCAGCCGUGCAACUCACCAUCGAUUUCAAGCCCAAUUUACCUGAGGAAGCAGAGCGAAUCAAGAGCUGCAGGGGCAGAGUGUUCUGCCUGCAGGACGAGCCAGGGGUGUACAGAGUGUGGCGGCAGAGCGGGAAGACGCCAGGGCUGGCGAUAUCCAGAGCGUUUGGCGACUACUGCCUCAAGGAAUUCGGGCUGAUCUCCGUGCCCGAGGUGACCCAACUGAGCAUUACGAGCAGAGAUCAGUUCGUGAUCCUGGCGAGCGACGGAGUCUGGGAUGUGGUGUCGAACCAGGAAGCCGUGCGGAUCGUUGCUGCUGCGGCGGCGGCGGGGGAUGGUGGUGGAAGGGAGAAAUGUGCGAGGAGGCUGGUGGAAUACGCGUCUCGAGCGUGGAAACGGAAGCGCGGCGGGGUGGCCAUGGAUGAUAUGUCGGCGAUCUGUCUCUUCUUUCAUGAGGUUGAGCCAUCGCCGGGAGGAGAUGGCGUGGAGAGUGAGAAGAAGAAGUGUUUGGAUUAGGGUGACGAUGGACCAUUUUGAGGGAUGAUCGGAUGGGGUAAAAAUGUACAGGGGAGUGGGUGAAAGAGCAAAGGUGAGAUCUUUUAUUAUGGUUAAGGUUGCUUAUAAAAGGUGUUAAAAUUUGUAACGGUUUGAUAAUUUUCGGGAUGUCGUUAUAUGGAAAUACACAAGUAUAUUUUGUUGGAUGUUGAUUGGUUCUGUCAAGAACUAGUUGAUUUUAAUAACUUGAGUUGUGGUGGGAGAGGUUUAAUCGUGGAUUAUAUACUGUUUACUAACACCCUCCUUCAAUCUCAAGUCAUUCUUGAUUUUAAUAACUUGAGUUGUGGUGGGAGAGGUUUAAUCGUGGAUUCUGUUAACUCACCGUGUGCUUAACAGAAACAGAUGGGGGUCACCGGGAAUCGAACAGAAGACCUCACGGUUACAGAAGGCUCUGAUACAUGUCAAGAACCAGUUGAUCCCAAUAACUCGAGUUGUUGGGAGAGAUUCAAUCGUGGAUCAUAUACCGUUUACUAACAGGUUCUAAGGGCUCGUUUGGAGAAUUAGAGUCUAAAUCUCUAGAUUCUAAACAAUCCAAAUAUUUGAACUCUCCGGAUUGUUGAAAAAAGAUUUGAAAAUGUUCAUUGUUUGAUAACUGCGAUUGUUAACAUACAAUAAAAAAAGAAAUUAUAUUUGUUUAUAAAAUGGCAUAUUUAUGCUUAACCAAAAUAAUUAAAUUGGCUAAAAAAAAUAUUGAAAAAUUUAUCAAUAUGGAUAUUUAGUGGGAUAAAUUAAAAAAAGGAAGAGAUAGAGUAAGAGAGAGAAAACCUCUAAAAUCAAGAUGUAGAAUCUCUCUAAUUAGGAGAGAUUUGAUAUCUCUAGAUUUUAGAGAUUUAAAAUCUCUAAACCUACAAUCCACGAUACAAAAAGUAGCAAAAAAACAUAACAUUUUGCCAAAUCUAUGGAUUCAAUAAAUCCAUCAUCCAAAUCUUGUUCUCCAAACGACCCCUAAAUACUUAUGAAAUUAUCUAGGAGUGUAUUUUCAUAUUUUGGAUUCAAACGAGUGUAUAUUAUGCUCGGUUGGUUGAAUAUCGCAAGAGUGACUGAGACCUCACCUUUUCAAUUUCCUUCAGUAGCAUCCAGAUAUUGGAGGCUCUUACCUUGAGCUUAAGGCUGAAAGUUUGGUACCAGUAUUUGGGAUAUACUGAAUACCGUAACGAAUUUAUCACUAUUUGGUAUUGGUAUUGGGAUUCAUUUUGGAAUGCUAUUCGGUAUUCGAGAUUACGAGAUUGGGAUCGGUAUAUACCGAAAUACUGUGAAAUACCGAACUUUAAAAAUUAAUGAAAUAUAGCACACAACCUUUUGUCAUUCCUCACUCUUUCACAACUUAGAAGCUCUCAUCCAACUCAAUUUUGACUUUUCAGUUUAAGUAAAUCUCGUUUCUCACUUAAUCUCUUGUUAUUUUCAUAACACCAAAAAGCAAACACUAGUAUUAGUCAUCUCUCAACCUCCAAUUCGUCAAAUUUAAGAUUACCAAUGACAAAAUUUUGAGAUGUCACCUCUUAUUUAUUCUCCUUAUCCAUAUCCUAGCUCUAAGCAAACUAAAGACUUUUUGCUUAGUCUCUUUGCCCUAAAUUAAACAAUCAAAUCUAAUAUACAUAUUUAAUUAUUAAUUACAAAGGUAAUUAAUUUCAUAUUCGAUAAUACCGAUUGGGAUACCGAAAUAUUUAAGGAUUGAGAUUGGGAUACCGAAAAUAUUUAGGGAUUGGGAUUGAGAUUGACUCUAGAGUGUAAUUCGGUAUUCAGGAUUUCUGUAUUUGCUAUGGGGAUACCGAUACUGUACCGUUUUCCACCCCUACUUGAGCUGACUCUUGUUGAGUUGUAGACUUCUAGAGUACAAAGUGCAAUCAUACUCCCAGACCCGGUGGUAGAGCUAUAGCACACAAAACGUGGUCGUACUCUCCUUUUAUGGUAGUCGCGGAUAAGGAUUCUUCGUUGUAAAAAAAACAAGGUAACAACUCACAACUAAGAAUUGCCAAUGUGUUUGUCCAUAGCUAGGGAUGGCAACAUAACGCUAUCCACGGAUACCCUACCCGAGCCAACCCUGUCAAAUCGGAUAAAACCAGUAUUGACGGGUUAUGGGCCGGGUUCGGGUUUAAAUUCGUUCUAGUAUUUUGCGGGUUGGAUAGGGUUUAGCUAUAUCCAAUCUGUUCCAGCCGAACCCUUACCCAACCCCGACUAAUAUGUUGUUCUCGCUAAUAAUUGUGUAGAAUGAAGUUGAUGUGAUGGAGUGGAGAGUGAAGCUAAGAUCAUAAUUUUCAAGUUCUCGAGGAGGAAGAAGCGUUCUAUUAAUCAUGUUUUGCUGAUGUUUAUCUUUAAUGUUGAACAAUUUGUAUGGAUAAUUUGGGGUUUGCUUGUAUGUACUAGAUUGAUGUUUUUUGUAUGGAUAAUUUGUACGGACAUAUGUGUGUUAGACUUUUAUUAUGUCAGGAAAUUGUUGUUAUGAAUUUUCACUAUAACAACCAUGGGUAUCCAUGAACCUGCGGAUACCCAGUGGGUUGGGUUUGAGUUUUUCAAACCAAAUGAAUGCUACCCUGGAUUUUUUGGUGGAUAUACCCGUGGGUUUGGAUUUGGCAAAACCCAACCCAACGACCCAUUGCCAUCUCUAUCCAUAGCGGAUCACAUCAGACCAAACUAAUGUUUGGAUAGGACCUCACCGAAUUAAGUAUAAUAUGGUACAGUCUGUUGUCCCAUAAAUUUUAUGAAUACUGAAGAAAAAUGGACCGAAUUGACAUUUGGACCGGACCAAAACAUACCGAGUACACUAUCAAACAAGUCCUUAGUCCUAAGAUAUCUUUUUUAUUGGACCGCGGUUCUCCUGAGUCUAGUUCGAUUCAAUACAGACCAGACCAAGCCCACCCCUACUAAGGCUGACUUCAAUGGGUUCGGCAAAUAUGGGGAGGGCGACAUUUUUGGGGAUAAUCGGCAAAUGGGUCUCUAUAUUGGAAGGGUUUUGGCGAUUCAUCGGGAAGGAAAGUGGUUGGGCCCCAUCCACCACCAUGCCAAACCCUUUACUUUUUUUAAUUAAUUAUGCCUGAUGGUUUAAUUAAUGGAUGCUUAAUUAGUGAUUUAAUUAAUGGUUAUUUAAGUAGUUGUUUAAUUAAUGGUGGUUUAAUUGUGAGUAAACAAAAACUAGACCGAUGUAAGAAUGAAAAGUAUAUUAUUGA